AUGAAUCUACGGCAAGUGCUGAUUUUUCUGCUACUUCAAGUAGCAAAAGGCGAAAAUGAGGAGGUGCCUACCAAUCCACGUGAUUUACAGGAUGCUGAAGUAUCAUGUGAUGCAUUGAAUAAAGUCGUAGCAGUUCCACGCUCGUCCUCAGAUAAUGAAGAUUUGAAAACUUUUUUCGCCUCGACUGGCAAACCUGGUCCUAUUCUUAUUGGCAUUACGAAAAAUAACGCUGACUCCCAAUGGCGUGACACACAGGGUGUAGACAUCACAUGGUUUAAUUGGGCAGAUGGACAACCUGGAAGCAAUGAUUGCGCUACAAUGAGUCACAAUGAUGGAACAUGGUCGACAGAACAAUGCUCAGAAGAAAAUCAUUUUAUUUGCAGACCUGCAUUAAAUGGAGGAACAAGCACUGGAGAGUGUGCUCUUUUCAGCGGCUCCUGCAGCAUUCAAAGUGGGUUUUCGAUUGGAAUCAGUGACAGUUGCCGAGCAGAACGAUACCCGGCUCUUCCGGACGACUACACUGGCGUCUACGUGUCCAGCCCAAAAGUUUUGGCAUCAGACCACGCAACUACUAUCGCCAGUCUUCACGAAAAUUGUCAGUUUGAUUCGGAAGGCCUAAUCAAUAUUGCUUUUGAUGAAUGUGGGACUGUCGAAACAGAGACUGAUUCUUCUGGCACGACGGUUUCCAUCUACGGCCAUCAUUAUCAAGACGUCGGAGGAACCAUCGUUUCAUACAUUUCGCCACCACUCAAGAUCGACUGUUUCAUGGCGCACCCUGACAACUUGGAAUUGAAAAAAUUUAGUGGCGUCAAUCUUGAAAACAGCGUCGACAAUGAUGGAACAGAAGAGACAAUCACUUUCACACUGACGGCAGCAGAAAUCGUAACUGCUCUGAAUAUUGAGCUUCAGAUCGGCACUGUCGAUGACGGUGGAACGUUUACAGCUGCGACGGACGCUACUGAGUAUGCCGUCGGGACAGAAGUGCAUGUCAAGCUUGCUCACGACGCUACUGACUUUGGAUUUGCUCUUUACGAUUGCUCCGGUGGGGGCGUUGAUUUAUUUACUGACUACUGUCCCACGGAUGAUGCGAAAUCACUCUUCAAUGUGGCAUUUAUCAGUCACGAAGAGUUUAAACUCAACAUUUUUCAACCUGGCGAUCUUGACGCAGUGAUUUUCAACUGCAAUUUACGUAUCUACGCUGCAGAGGCCGAUGAACCUGCUGACUGUGUGAACAGACGGUCACCCGAGUGGAAAACUGAAGCAGAACAUAAAAAUGCUGAAGUUGCGGUUGUUGGAAAGAUUUAUUCCAGCGAGUUGAAAAACGACUGGACGAUUACAACUCUCGUCGGACUCACUUUGACUCAAUACAUUUUCUAUGGAAGCUACUAA